AUGUCUGUUGAGAGAAGAUUUUCGCUUGCUAUCGAAAGAGAUCCUCGUGCCGAUCUGGACGAAUUGAAAGAGCCUCUUUCCGCAUUUCUAGUCGACAGCAGACCUCUAUUGGAUACCAGGCCUCUGGCUGGCCGUCUGUCUUCGUGUGAGAAUGUUUCAACUCCUCUGGAAGCUGAUUUCAAGCCUAGACGGUAUUCCAUCUGUGAUUUGCACACUCUCAGCAACAACAUAUCAAAUUCAUUUGAUGAUGUCAAUCAUGAUGCCACUCAGCGGUUUGCUUCAUAUAGUUUAACCUCCAAGACUUGGGAUCGAAACCAUCAACGUCGCAAUUCUACUGCGAUUCGGUUCCUGUUUCCUAAAGCUGCAGAGCUGGUCCGCAAUCUGUAUCCCGAUGCUUAG